AUGAAAAGUUACCAUUUGAACAAUGACAUUAUUGUCACACAGGAACAGUUGGAUCAUUGGAACGAACAAUUAGCCAAGUUGGAAACGGCACAAGAGAUUAUCGAAUGGUCGCUAGUGGCUUUCCCACACCUUUUCCAAACCACUGCGUUUGGACUGACAGGUUUGGUCACCAUCGACAUGCUGUCGAAACUAUCCGGGAAAUACUAUAUGCCGGAAUUAUUAUUUAUAGACACUUUGCACCAUUUCCCACAGACUUUAACACUGAAGGAUACAAUCGAGCAAAAGUAUUAUCAGCCCCAGAAGCAAACUAUCCAUGUUUAUAAGCCAGAUGGAUGCGACUCAGAGGCGGAAUUUGCCUCGAAGUACGGUGAUUUCCUAUGGGAGAAAGACGACGAUAAGUACGACUAUUUGGCUAAAGUAGAACCUGCGCACCGUGCUUACAAAGAACUGCGCGUAAGUGCCGUCUUCACAGGCAGAAGAAAGUCGCAGGGUUCUGCUCGCUCUCAGUUGUCGCUGAUUGAAAUUGACGAGCUUAAUGGGAUCUUGAAGAUAAAUCCAUUGAUUAAUUGGACAUUCGAGCAAGUUAAACAAUAUAUAGAUGCAAACAAUGUACCAUACAAUGAGCUUUUGGAUCUCGGGUAUAGAUCCGUUGGUGAUUACCAUUCCACACAACCUGUAAAGGAAGGUGAAGAUGAAAGAGCAGGAAGGUGGAAGGGCAAGACAAAGACUGAGUGUGGAAUUCACGAAGCCAGUAGAUUCGCCCAAUUUCUAAAGCAAGACGCCUAG